UGAUUCGCCCCUUUGUGUUUUACACCUUUUUCCAGAAAUGGAAAUACUAAGAGACGCCAUCCUCAGAAGAACCCUUUGCACCGAGGAGGCACCACAAGCUGCUCCCGGCUUGCUGCAAAGGAUCUUCAGGUAUCUCAACCCCUGGGGUCAACCUCCCACUGUGACCCAGGAACAUCUGCAGGAGUCACCACUGCAGGAUGACUCAACCCACCCGGACACAAACCCAGAGACCGAGGAGGCACCACAAGCUGCUCCCGGCUUGCUGCAAAGGAAUCUCAACCCCUGGGGUCAACCUCCCACAGUGACCCAGGAACAUCUGCAGGAGGCACCACAAGCUGCUCCCGGCUUGCUGCAAAGGAUCUUCAGGUAUCUCAACCCCUGGGGUCAACCUCCCACAGUGACCCAGGAACAUCUGCAGGAGGCACCACAAGCUGCUCCCGGCUUGCUGCAAAGGAUCUUCAGGUAUCUCAACCCCUGGGGUCAAAAAAACCCAAACCAGGGAGUCAGGGGUGAACAAAACAAGACCAAAAAGAUAAAAAAAAGGUUCAAAAUCAAACUGAUGAUGAUGGGACUCAAAUGCGGCUGGAGAACAAAGAGCAUGUAUUUCCUCCUCCUGUUUCUGUUUGCUGGUGGAGUGACACAGCAUGUACACCUCAGCAACCAGCUACAAGACGCCCGGCUGCAAAUAACCACCCUCGCGCAGCUGAUGAGCCGAUUGAGUCCCGUCGCAGACACAAUGGCCAACUUCGCCCAGGAGUCGCAGGGAGCCAGAGUCCUCCACCGCCUGUCCUCAGACACGUUCCGGACCUCAAUACAUGACAAAAUAAUGGACCAGCUGCUCUCCUGGGUCACCACCUCCACCGACCACCAAAGAAUCAUCCAGGACCACUCAAGGUCGCCCCCCGGAGCGUGCUGGUGCUUCGCGGGGGCCAAGGGACACGCCGUCGUCUCCUUGUCGCAUCCCAUUGAGGUCACGCACGUCACGAUCGGCCACAUCACAAAAAGGCAGUCACUCACUGGCGAAAUCAACAGUGCGCCGAGGGAGUUCUCCGUCUACGUAAGUCAGAAGCUUUCCUGGACGCGUCCCGCCUGCUCGGCGCCGUUGUUCCUUCCCUAA